UCAUCCUCGGCACGAGCUCGGGGAUCCACACGCGCAGUGCACACAGGACCUAGAGUGUGAACAGGCACUUGACUGAACACGAGCAAGCCGGUGGAGUGUAUGUUUCUCGUCCGUUCCAGAUGGAGCUUUUUGAGACCAACCCUUAUUUCUUUCCAGACCAGCGCUUUUAUGAAGGCGGCGAGAACUUCUUCCCUGGAAGGCUUCAGGGAUUCGAUCAGGGAGGAUACCAGGACCGGGGCUCCAUGGUGGGGCUUUCGGGCACCGUAGGACUGGAAGACAAGCCUUCGCCGUCCUCCACGCUAAGCCUGACGCUCUCGCCCAACCAGGAGCAGGAGCACUGUCCGGGUCAGUGUCUGCCAUGGGCGUGUAAGGUGUGCAAGCGCAAGACGGUGAGCAUGGACCGACGUCGAGCGGCCACGCUACGCGAGAAGCGCAGACUCAAGAAGGUGAAUGAGGCGUUCGAGGCACUUAAGCGCAGCACGCUGACCAAUCCUAACCAGAGGCUGCCCAAGGUGGAGAUCCUGAGGAGCGCCAUUCAGUAUAUUGAGCGGCUACAGGCUUUGGUCAGCUCUCUUAAUCAGCAGGAGCAUGAGCAAGCUGGUCUGCACUUCAGGACCUCGGGUACUCAGAGGGUGUCCUCGUCCAGCGAUCAGGGGUCAAGCAGCACCUGCUGUAGCAGCCCAGAAUGGAGCAAUGCAUCCGAACACUGCGCCCCGGUCUACAGCUCCACCCAUGACGAUCUUCUAAAUGAAGACUCUUCGGAACAAGCCAACCUAAGAUCUCUGACGUCUAUCGUGGACAGCAUCACGGGGACGGACGGCGUGUCGGUUGCUUACUCAGUGGACAUUACCAAAUGAAAAGGGGGGAAGAGGAGUGUUGGAAUCUAGUUCCAGAAAGAGUCAUAAAUGCAGCACUACCUUUACCACUCCAUCCAAGCCAAAUGAAAAGCCAAACGAAGUCCCAAAAAAGCCCCUUGGGUUUUAUUUCCAAACAUAUUUAGUGGUCCAUUAGAACAAUUUCCAUUUGUUUGAAGGACAUCUAUGCUUGAUGUUAUGUCCCCAAUCGUUUUUUGUGUUUGCAUGUGUGCUAUGCUUACUAAAAAAUAUCCAUUUAAGGGGCCAAUGGU